AUGCCCGGCAUUGGGUCGGACUCCUUCCACUUCUCUUUUUCCCUCUGCGUGCUCGGCGAGACGGGCGUGGGCAAGAGUCAGCUGGUCGCAUGCACGCUCCCUGACCCGCCGCGCGAGCUGGAUUCGGGUGACAGCCUCGCUGACCACGGCAUUCGGACCAGGGCGCACACAUACGAGUCACGCGGGGCCCGAUACCAGAUACUGAUGUGGGAAGUGCCGGGCGCGCCACGAUACAUGGAGAUGGCGCCGCGGUACGUCGCGAUGGCCGCGGGGCUGGUGCUUGUCUUUGAUCGCUCACGCCGAGCGACCUUUGACCGAGUCUCCCUCUGGCUCAAGGCGGCAGACUCAUCCAGCCCCGAUCUGCCAAAAGUGCUCAUCGGCAACAAGUCUGACAAGACGGAAGAGGUGUCUUCGGCAGAGGCGAACCUGAUUGCGCAGCAGAUCGGCUGCCCGUACUUCGAGACCACCGCAACCGAAAAUCUGAAGGUUGCCGACGCGUUCUCUACACUCAUUGCGCAAGUCAUUGCUCGGAUACCAAACCCACCGGAGCCGUCUCUGCUACUGCGGAAGCGGGUGCAGAUUGGCAAGCAGCUCGCCGACAACAAAGCGUUCCGGGCGGCCCUCUUCGAUAUGUAG